AUGGAUGCAAAUUCUUCCAGAAUGGAAUUGGAAGGAGAUCAUCAAACAGGGAAGAAAGAAUUAUCCGAGACAAUCACACUUAGGCCCAUCGAACUUUCCGAUGUGGAUGAUCUGAUGGUUUGGUUCACGGAUGAAAGGGUGAGUCAAUAUUGUGUUUGGGAUACAUAUACAUCAAAGGAGCAAGCCAUAGAUUAUGUCAAGAAUAUGGCAAUUCCUCAUCCAUGGUUAAGGGUAAUUUGUGUCAACAACAGGGCAAUUGGGACAAUCUCUGUUACACCAAAGUCUGGAAAUGAUCAGUGCAGAGCAGAGUUAGGAUAUGCUCUGGGAUAUAGUUUUUGGGGCAAAGGGAUCAUGAAAAAAGCAGUGGAUUUGGUGAUUUCUACCAUCUUUGAGGAGUGGCCACAUUUGGAAAGGUUGGAAGCCAUUGUUGAUGUGACUAAUAAGGGCUCACAAAGGGUUCUUGAUAAAUCAGGUUUCCAAAGAGAAGGUGUUCUGAGGAAAGAUAAAAUGGAUGAAAGUUCUUCCAAAAGUCAAUCAGAAGCUGAUCAAGUGGGAAAGGAAGAAUCAUCCAAGAUCAUCACAAUUAGAUCCCUUGAACUAACCGACGUAGAUGACUUGAUGGUUUGGGUACCAGAUGAGAGAGUAACUAAGUAUUUCCUCUUGGAUACUUGCACUUCUUCAAAACAUCAACAGGCAAUAGAUUUCAUCAACAAUUGGGUUAUUCCGCAUCCAUGGUUAAAGGUGAUUUGUAUCAACAACAAGGCAAUUGGGACGAUUUCCGUUACGCCGAAUUCUGGAAAUGAUAAGUGCAGAGCUGCAUUAGGAUAUAUUCUGGCACGUAGUUUUUGGGGAGGAAUCAUGACAACAGCAGUGGAGAUGGUGAUUUCUACUAUAUUUGAAGAGUGCCCAUAUUUGGAAAGAUUGGAAGCCAUUGUUGAUGUGAGUAACAAGGGUUCUCAAAGGGUUCUUCAGAAAGCAGGGUUCCAAAGAGAAGGAGUAUAG